CGAAUAGAUUCAUACCGUCAUCAGUUCACUUUUAUCAGGAGCACGGUGGAAGGCAGCCCGAGAGUCCAGACAUGAGUGCGUGAAGUUCUUGAGUUGUUGAGAAUACUGUGAUUCACUACUUACGGGAGGAGAGCUUAGUAUGGUGUUUUCGUAUUUCCGUCUUUUGUUCCUCUUAGUGAGGAGUGUCUCUGGGAAUUCCUCCUUAUUCGGAGGCGCAGCUAGUGUUUUUCCCACACCUGCCAGCUCUGGACUUAACACUGCUGGAGGCGGGCAGCUGCCGCCUCUUGGUACAACCAGUAAAAGUAUAGUCGGAACAAGCACGCCAUUUGGCGGUGGUGCUACAGGUGGACUAGCAGCACCAAAUCCUGGCCCCGCACAAGGCGAAGAGGAUGAAGCCGCGUCAUUGGUUCCGACAAAAGAGUGGCUUCGAGCAAAAUUUGCGAAUCUACAAGGCUCUCUGGCAACGCUGUUCCCUUUUCAUCCGGACAUUUUUCUACGCUCCAUCUUUGACGACCGGCCCACACACAUAGAAUUCGUGCAGCGUCAAGUCGAACACGAACAGAAGGCGGACGGAAGCAGCACGUCCUUAGGUGGAGAGGAGGAUGAUGAGGAGACGGCAGCACUAUUGGCGAGCACGCGAGGUCGGUCAACAGGAAGACCGACAGGAGGGAUCCCAGGUGAGGGUUCAAUUGGAAGCUCAUCGGUUUUAGUUGCAUUACGAAAUCCAGAUCCUGGGACCGACGUGGGGCCUGGCAGUCGCAGCUGCGUCGUCGUAGAUGUCGCAACUGCUGACAGCCGUGAGAUGCACAUGCAGGCAGUUGAUGGAUUUACAAAACUGAAACUAUGGUCGCUGAAGGAGCUACUUGAAGGAGCGAGCAACGCUGAUCUUACGAAGAGUGGGGAAGAAACAGAGAAGGGCGAUUCUACUACUGCUCUUGUCGACGAUGAUGAAAGCAAGGUGCUGUCAGCAAGUCAUGCGGAGAAUGAGAACAAUAAAAGAACCGAGAAUUGGUACACUGAAGCGACAAGUUUACGCGUCUUGUGGUUACAUGGGAAAGGCAAGACGCUUGACCCCUGGUUAGGUCUCGCAUCGCAGCUUUGUGCACACUAUGACAUUCUCGUCAUGGAGGAUGAGCUACUUAUCGUAGCUUUCCGAGAGAAAACCAAAACGCUUGAGUGCAAGCUGGUUCCCUUCGACGCGAAUGAGGUGGAAGACAUGGAUGCUUUCCACUCUCUUCCGUGGAGGCCAGACGAAAUACUGCCGGUGCAGCUCGAAGGCAUACCAUUGGUGUCAUUUCACGCGCACCGUGUCUUUGACAAGGAGGCGCAGCGCAAUCAUCACAAGUGGCUGGCGGAUCCAGACACUUGGACGCCCUUCUUCCUGGACAUGGUAAGGCAGGGAUGGGUCGUCAUGUGCUUGGAGAAAGACCAGUGUCAGAACGACCGCAUGCCGUUUCGUCUCAUCUUCACCGAGGAGAUUGGAGAGGAAUUCAUCGAGUGUCUCUCGAACGGAAUUAUUCCGAUCUAUUACCUGAGUGCGAAUCUCGCAAGCUACCUGGAGCGGGUGCUUCUUUUCAUGCCGUUUUACUUUACCACGCCCCAAGAGAUGCACCACGUAGUGAAUACCAUCACCGACGGUAACGGCAUCCUCACGCAGGGUGUGCGCAUGUACAUGACUCACGAGAGUAAUCACUAUCUGACCGCACUCUACUGGGGGCAGAGUCGGUUUUUGCGCUUUCUCACUGCUUUGACUGCCAUGCACAAUCAGGAGGUUUCAGUGGUCCAAAGUCGGACCCUUGGUCUCCCAGGAAGCAAUACCGCAGAGCUAGCGUCCGGAAUGAGCCUCACGGGAGAGCUGCUCGUUUGCGUCCACUCCGCGCGAAAGAACCGCAGAGCGCGAGACCUGAUCCGACGCACUUGGGCGCGUGGCUCACGGUAUCCGGCGAUUGAGAUCCGAGUGGUCUUUUUUCUAGGCCAUUCGUCGGAGCUGGAGGAGGAACAAGCGGAGCACGGAGAUCUAGUCCUUCUGCACCAUUUGGAUGACAAAUUCGAGAACAUUUGGGUCAAAACGGCAGCCAUCAUGAAAUUUGGUAUGCUUCAUUUCAGGGAACCGAAGACGGGAACAAGAUUGCGAUAUCUGAUGUUAUGUCGACUGUCUGUGGCCGCUCAUCCUAAGUAAUUCAUUAAUUCAUUGUUCUCUCUUCUAUUGAACGCAUCCUCCAUGCAGUUCACAGUUUCUUUCACUCUAUCCACACCAGUCAGUAUCUGAUGUUCAGAAGACAAGGAUAAAUUUAUUCAAUAGGAGUAAUACUCUUACUCUGUCGUGGUCAGCACGGUAUAGAAUCUAAUCGCCAAGGCGGACGACGACACGUUCUUCAACAUAGAUGGUAUGGUGGAAGAUCUUUUUGCACCGUAUACAGGGCGGCGCACUUCAUCAGCGCAGCGCUCGCAUACAAAUUUUACUGCGUUGUUGCCUGAUGGCAGACAAGACCCUGAUUGGUACGAAAAGUCGGAGGAGGAGCAAGUGCGCGACAUCAAGCCAACUAUCGAAUUAUGAGCAUUUGUGAAUUCUGAUACAUAAGUAGUUACCGUCUGUACUACUAAUGUAUAUCAGAUGUAGGAUGUUCUUGGUCCUCCUCCCUAUUCACAGUUUGAGGUGUACUUCCGCAUAUGAUCAACGUAGACUACCUAGCACGAUGAUAAUCCCCAAAGCCUACAACAUCUGAAAAUGCCCAGAUUCAUAGCCCAUCCAGACCGUUGAUAUCGGGAAUUAUGAGACGAGUAAACACCUGCAUACUGGCCAUUACUGGGGCUUCAUCAUGGCUCUAGUACAACCCAACCGCAACACGUCUGACAAAUAUUACGUGCCUUACCGAUCGUUCGGAAACGAGUUUUAUCCUGCUUACGCACGAGGACUCGGCUACGCAAUGUCAGAAGACCUAGUAGUCGCAGUAGGUCAGAGCCUUGCGGACGGAAGUAUCACGCCUUUUCCCUACAGUUAUGCAAUGAAAUCAUAUCCAUAAACUUUUCGACGAUGGAUUCGCAUUCUGUUCGGACUCUGGACUAGAAGUUCAUUGUCAGUAGUCUUAAUCCUACAUCUAUUUUUCUGGUGGGAUCUCACCGACCCUAAUACGUGGAGGACGUCUCAGUGGGCUUGUAUCUCUACUCGCUAGCUAAGAUGGGGCGGGCCAAAGUUCGCCCCAUGCAGAGGAAGGACCAUAUGCCUUUGCAGAUCGACCUCUACUGCUCCGAAGUCUACGACCCAAGAGGACCCAAAAAUUAUGUCUGAAGAGAAGGAAAGAUUAGACUUGUGCUAUCGAAGAUAGAUACAUUUUCACUCCAAUACAAUCAACAAUGGUGGUCGAUCCUGUCUGAAAAUACACUAGGUAGCUGGUGGUCUAAAUAUUUGCUUCAUCUGAACGCUGACAUAUUACAAUCGCUUCGUAAAAAACGGAAUUUUUUCUAGCUCUAAGAAAAAAUGGCCAGUCAAUAUCAACUUGUACUGCCACUUCAAGUAUAGGGUUUGUUAGUAGUGAUGCUAUCUGCUUUCAUUCUAGCUCUAAGAAAGCAUGGAUCUGUUGGAAAUCCAUAGAUACGGGUAUGAAAAUCACGACUGCCUCUGGAAUCUCGUCCUGAAGCGGCGGGAGGCAGGUUUUCCAACAUUUGAGCCGAAGAAUAAGUUCGUCCCUCUGGAGUUCGACUUUUGCCAGUGCUUCAUAUGAGCCUUGAACUUUACACAAGAAUGUAACAGUUCUUCUACAAUUGUCACAAAUGAAAAUAAGUAUCAGAGCAGGCACUUUACAAUGAACAAAGCAUAUGCAUGACAAACACAAAGAAGAUGAGGAGAUCUGUCCGACCGCCCAGUGGUCUCUGCCAAAUCUAAUGAGCCAUAAGCAUGACGCCACAGGAAGAAAGAUAUAUCUGAAGAAAAACAAGAUAUCCGAUGGGUUCAAAUUUAUUUCUCAGCAACAUGAAAAGAAUCGAAGAUAGUUCGGUCUUUGAUGCGCAAAUCAAGUUCUUACUUUCGCUACAUUUAACGAUUGAGCUAGGCUCGCGGCAAGAAACCAGGUUUAUAGCAUGAUUUUUCACGGGUUUCGUGUCAUUUUAGACGAAGGUGAUGCAGAUGCCAGCAGCGUUGUUACU